AUGGAAAAGAAUAAUCAAUGUAGAUCUCCUUUACUUUGCGAGCGUAGAAAUAAUAUUUGGUCUCUUCAAAUGACUUGGACUCUUUCUGUACUCUGUCAUGGUGGAUCUUGGCUGAUCUUACGUACGUAUAAUAGAGGUAAGCUUAUCUCUAGUCUUACCGAAUUAACACCUUGCAAAUAUCAAUUUCUAACAAAUAAACUAAAGAAACCAACUGAUCCAUCAAGACAACCAGUUGUACUAAUAUCAUGUGGAUCGUUCAACCCAGUAACAUUUAUGCAUCUUAGAAUGUUUGAGAUUUGCAAAGAUUGGUGUAAUGAUAAUGGAAUGGAGGUGUUGGGUGGAUAUCUAUCACCGGUGGGCGAUGCAUACAAGAAAGCAACACUGAUACCAAUGAAAUAUAGAUGUGAGAUGUUGUCACUCGCAUUGGAGUCGUCCGAGUGGUUGAAUAUCGAUACCUGGGAAGCAAGAAGACCUGAAUUCACACCGACCCGUCAGGUUAUGGAUUACAUUCAUCGCGCUGUAAACGAGCACCUACAACUCGGUGACAAUGUAACGGUGCAACUCAAAUUGGUAGCCGGUGCAGAUCUUCUUGGAACUUUCAACGUACCAAAACUAUGGGCUGAUCAAGAUAUGGAUAAGAUCACUUCUGAUGAAUAUGGAUUUCUAUGUCUUGAAAGAACAGGUUCCGAUAUUGAAGAUAUCAUUUCAAAGAAUAUUAUACUGACAAAGAACAAGCUGAAUGUCAAAACAAUCAAAGUAUCUAUAACAAACGAUGUAUCAUCAACAAAAAUGAGAGAAUUAGUAAAGAAUAACAAAUCACUUAAAUAUCUUACAUUGGAUCCUGUAAUUGAAUAUAUAUCAUCAAAUAAUCUAUAUAAAUAG